AUGUUACCGCCAGUCGAGGCCUCGGUCCUGCAAAACAACCCUGAAUUCGCGGCGCUGCAUCAUACCCUCACAACGGCAAUCCUCAACCCAGAUGGUUCCACAAGAAAGCCGGCGACCAAGGAGCACGAUGCGAUACAAAAUGAGCUCGCAGACCACAGAUUCACAGCCGCAAAAGAACACCUUCUCAUAAGCGCAAUCUCAAACACCGCACCGCCCGAACCAAAAACCGCACCACCUCGAACAUUCUCCCGCACGAACACGUCCUCACAACCACAAUCAUCCUCCAGCGGCAACGGCACAACACAACAACAACAACAACCCCUCCCCGAACCCCUCCUCGACCUCCUCCUCCUCCUCCCACCCCUCCUAACCUCCCCCGAGCCCCUAUCCCCCGAAUCCGCCACAAUCCUCCUCUCCAACCCGCCCUUCACAGACUUCCAAUGCCUCCUCCCCCAACUCGGCGACCUCAUCUCCUCAACCCUCCACACCUCGGCCGUCUCCCUAGCCCGCAUCGCCAACCCGACAACAAACCCCUCCUUCCUCCACCGCGCCGUCCCCGGCCUACAAACAACCUACCACAAACUCGCCUCCGACGUGUCCCAAUCAAAACUCGCACUCGCCCGAGAACGCCUCCGCGCGGCAGAUACCCUGACACAAUGCCUAGACGAGCACGCCGCGGCGCUGACGCUCCUGGUUAGAAGCCUCGAGGCCAAACACGGCGUCGUGGCGCGGAGCCUCGAGUUUCGCGCCGCCGAGACGGGGCUGGAGGCGCAGAGGGCCGAGGCGGAUGCCGUGGCUGCGAGGGAGGGGGUUAGGAGGGAGGUGUACUCGCCCGAGAUGGUGGCUGCGCUGACGAAUUAUUCUGCGCAUUUGCGGGAUGCGAGGAUGAGGCUUGAGGGGACUUUGAUGACGCUCCGGGCUGAGUUGGAGGGGUACGGGGUCGGGGUUGAGGGGGAGGAGGGGAAGGCGAGGACGAUGAAGGAGAUGGCGAGGAAGAAGAGGCAGAUGGAGAGAGAGUUGGAGGAUGCGAGUCGGGAUUUGGCCAGGUUGGAUAGGGCUUGA